AAACCUUGCAGUCACCCAAAACAAGGCCCGGCUAGCCAACCCCAACUGCCCCAAUGGCUGGCUUCCAAUGGGCGACGCGUCGGCCAGCCAAAAGUAAACCUAGAACCGCGUCCCCGACCAAACAUUCCAUCCCACCGCCAGUCCCUCGCCUUCGACCCCUCUGCCUCAACUGCAGACGGCCCCUAUCGUUGCAGCAGCAGCCACCGCACGACAGUGGCCCUUGUGUCUCGAGCGUCUGUUCGCACCGUCGAUCGUCCUCUCGAUUGGCAUUUUGAACAGCGUACUUGCACACCUGCCACCUGCCACCUGCCACCUGCCCGCCCGCUCGACCAGACCUCAAGGUACAAAGCCAACACCUUUUCUUCGCACCACUCGAGUCGUCGCCCUGCGCAUUGUGUCCUAGAAUACCUGCAUGCCUGCAUGCAGCACUGGAAACUUUUCUCGGUCCCGCCUGGCAGCCUGGCAGCCACACAUUGUGGCAAACACUCCAGCUAGCUUCAGCAGCGACGAGUAGAAUCCAGCCUGGCUUGGUGUGCCGCUCUCGACUGUCACAAUCUGCAGAAGACCCCGUUCUCUUUUGAGCGUACGAGACACCCAAGUGGAAUAGGAAGAUCCAGCAGUUUAACCCGUCUGCGAGUCGACCUGUCUCUCUCUGCCAGAUUCGACUGAUCACGCACUCUGCGUGACUCGACAGCCACCAUGAACCAAGGAAGCAACAUGGAGAAUUACCAGAAGUUGGAGAAGAUUGGGGAGGGAACAUACGGUGUGGUCUACAAGGCCCGUGAUCUUCUCCAUGACAACCGAAUCGUCGCAUUGAAGAAGAUCAGACUCGAAGCCGAGGAUGAGGGUGUUCCUUCCACGGCCAUCCGAGAAAUCUCCCUGCUCAAGGAGAUGCGUGACCCCAACAUUGUCCGUCUGUUCAACAUCGUGCACGCCGACAGCCACAAGCUCUACCUCGUCUUCGAAUUCCUCGACCUUGACCUCAAGAAAUACAUGGAGGCCUUGCCGGUGUCGGAUGGAGGUCGAGGCAGGGCGCUCCCUGAGGGCACAAGCGGCGAGCUGGCCCAGCUGGGGCUGGGAUCGGCCAUCAUCAAGAAGUUUAUGAAGCAACUGUGCGACGGCAUACGGUUCUGCCACUCGCACCGCGUGCUGCAUCGCGACCUGAAGCCCCAGAACCUGCUCAUCGACCGCGAGGGCAACCUGAAGCUGGCGGAUUUCGGUCUGGCUAGGGCCUUUGGAGUUCCUCUUAGGACGUACACUCACGAAGUCGUAACUCUGUGGUACCGAGCCCCGGAGAUCCUGUUGGGAGGUCGACAGUACUCCACAGGCGUGGACAUGUGGUCCGUCGGUUGCAUCUUCGCCGAAAUGUGCACGCGCAAAGCUUUGUUCCCAGGCGACUCCGAAAUCGACGAGAUCUUCAAGAUCUUCAGAAUUCUUGGCACACCCACGGAGGAGGUCUGGCCCGGUGUGACCAGCUACCCUGACUUCAAGUCGUCCUUCCCCAAGUGGAACCGUGACUUCAGCCAACCUCUCUGCCAGAAUCUGGACCGUCAUGGCCUGGAUUUGCUGGAGAUGAUGCUUGUCUACGACCCAGCAGGCCGGAUCUCCGCCAAGGCCGCCUGCAAUCACCCAUACUUUGAGGACUUUGCCACUCCCACAAAGUCAGAAUACGGCUACGCAUGAUGUGCCAUCCAAUUCGCGACGAAAACACCGACAUUUCUUUUUCUUCUGUACAGGAUAUACUGAUGAGCAAUGAACCGGAAAACUCAUGAUACCGAGGCUCGGGGGUAGCUACACGGGAUGGAGAACCGCAAGGACUGAAUGAAAUUGAGGCAGACGGUGACGGAUCUGUACGACUAUGCACGUGCCUCGCUUGCGGGCCCCCUUUCUUGCUCUAAUAUUUCUCCUCGUUCUUGCUGUGCGGACUCUGGGUGUUUACCCAGAAUGAUAGUCCCAGCAACGGACCGAUGAGGCAAGCAAAUAUCGGGCUCCGACUCUUCAACCACUUUCCCUUCCUUAGUCCCCUGUCAAUAGUGCUUGACAUUGUGCAAUAGACUCGAUCUCUUCGAUAUCAGUGACUACAGAGUGCGAUACAUGCGGUCGCCUGGAUCAAGUCCGCUUGGCUACGAUCACCACCGUACAUCACGCUUCUGGCCACUUGUUUACGACUGACGUCUCAUUAGCACCAAGAAAAGAAAGGAAGCUCUCGCGUUGACUGAGCUGUUGAGUAUGCUGGCUAACCUAGCCUAGUCGGUGAAACCCCGGCUCUUGGCAAACGAGCAGCUGUUUUCGCAGCAACAAAGAAAAAGACCCUGUGAUUUGCGACCAGUCAAAUACAUCUCACUCGCCUUGGAUGGCGGUGUGACCCAAACAUACAGUGAGGUCCAAGCACUGAGCAGAUGGGCUUUCACACAUUCUGAAGCUCCCGGGUUUCUGUUCUUUAUUGCUGGCCGGCGGUUGACUCACCCAAAGCGCCUCAUUAGACUUAGGCCUAGGGGCCAGACACACCGAAAAGUAGAAAUACAGACAAAAUUAUGAAGAACUACGUAUGCCUCACUACCAUAGGAGUCCUUCUCACCAUUCGGGUCGCAAUAACCCUCCAUCAUCUCACAACAUUUCCCCUGGUAUCACACAUCAUAUUCUUAUUGGGUGGUCAAAUAUCCUAAGCAAGAAGGAUUUCUCUCAGUCCACAAGCAAAUUUCAGCUAAACAAUGAAUCCAUAUGUCCUCGGACGUACACGGAAUAGAAGCGAAACCAGUGAAAGAAUGAAUCCCAGCUUCCACCACUCAAAGGCUGCGGCCGCACAGAACAGCAUCGACAUCCUCAAGAAGCAUCAAAAGACCGCUGUCACAUUCGCUGAGUCCUUGUCCAACUUUUUAUGUACUUGGAAAAAGAAACACAGAUGACAUAUACCAGGUUGAAGGUCCGUGGCAAGUAAUUAAUGCAUACUAUAUAGGGCCGCACCUGACUAGGUCCGGGCUUGCCGGGCCGGGCUUCGACGUCCACGGGUUACUUGACCGCCCACUCUUCUGCGUGUGCAAGGUGAGGCGCACCGAGUGUGCCACCCGACUGCUGCUUGCAUACCGCAUGAAAGUGAGUGAUGUUGCGUGGUAAUUCAAUUGGCGUUCAGUUUGAUCAAGUUUACGGCCCUGCGUGUAGGAGCCACUUUUCGAAGGCAGUUUGGUCGAUGUUGACUUCUAGCAUACAAGUAUGUUGAGAUAGAGUCUAUUC